UUCUUGGUAUUAUGAAUGAAUGUCUGUUCUUUGAUUUUAGCCCCGUAACAUUAGAGCUCCAUCAUCAACAACAACAUAAUCAACGAGGCGCAGAAAAGGAGCUGAACUAAGCUCAAAAUUAGUUCAAGAUGUCUGCGAGCGCCGUGUAUGUCUUGGAUUUAAAAGGAAAGGUACUGGUGUGCCGAAACUACCGUGGAGAUGUGGACAUGUCAGAGAUUGAGCACUUCAUGAGCCUUCUGAUGGACAAAGAGGAGGAGGGGACGCUCUCUCCAAUCCUGGCUCAUGGGGGUGUUCGUUUCAUGUGGAUCAAACACAAUAACCUCUACUUGGUUGCAACAUCCAAGAAAAAUGCCAGUGUCUCCUUGGUGUUCUCCUUUUUGUACAAAAUUGUCCAGGUUUUUUCAGAGUAUUUCAAAGAAUUGGAGGAAGAGAGCAUCAGAGAUAACUUUGUCAUCAUAUACGAGCUGAUGGACGAGCUGAUGGACUUCGGUUACCCUCAGACCACCGACAGCAAGAUUCUGCAAGAAUACAUAACCCAGGAGGGGCACAAACUAGACACCGGCGCCCCCCGCCCCCCAGCAACAGUCACCAACGCUGUCUCCUGGAGGUCAGAGGGCAUUAAGUACAGGAAGAACGAAGUCUUCCUGGACGUCAUUGAGUCAGUCAAUCUCCUGGUCAGUGCCAAUGGUAACGUUCUACGUAGUGAGAUCGUAGGCUCCAUUAAGAUGCGUGUCUUCCUGUCUGGGAUGCCUGAGUUGCGGUUGGGCCUUAACGACAAGGUUCUGUUUGAAAACACUGGACGAGGGAAGAGUAAAUCAGUAGAGCUGGAGGAUGUCAAGUUUCACCAGUGUGUCCGUCUGUCUCGCUUUGAGAAUGACCGCACUAUCUCCUUUAUUCCUCCUGAUGGAGAGUUUGAGCUCAUGUCCUAUCGCCUCAACACUCACGUGAAGCCCUUGAUCUGGAUUGAAUCUGUAAUCGAGAAGCACUCUCACAGUCGGAUUGAGUACAUGAUCAAGGCAAAAAGUCAGUUCAAGAGGCGUUCCACAGCCAACAACGUGGAGAUCCACAUUCCUGUGCCAACGGACGCUGACUCACCUAAAUUCAAGACCACAGUAGGCAGCGUGAAGUGGGUGCCUGAGAACAGUGAGAUCGUCUGGUCGAUCAAGUCCUUCCCUGGUGGAAAAGAGUAUUUGAUGAGAGCCCACUUUGGGCUGCCGAGUGUAGAGGCUGAAGAUAAAGAGGGGAAGCCACCAAUUAGUGUCAAAUUUGAAAUCCCGUACUUCACCACCUCAGGCAUUCAGGUGCGUUACCUGAAGAUCAUUGAGAAGAGUGGAUAUCAGGCCUUGCCAUGGGUGCGCUACAUCACCCAAAAUGGAGAUUACCAGCUCCGGACCCAGUAGGCAGCGCCUCAGCUGGCAAUAGGCAGGUGGAGACCCGAGGGGGCGGAGUUGAGCCGCUAAUGCGCUAUCAAUGGCAGGUGUCAGUCACGAGACCAUAGGACUGUCAGUAUAUACAUUUUGUUUGUUUUUGUAUUCGUUGAAGUUAUAAUGAUUUCCGAUCAAUGCAAUUAUUAGAUGGAGCCUCUGGUAUAGCUAAGUUCAGAAAAGAAUAAUUCUGAUUCACGACGGUGUGGCUCCCAAUGUCAGCGAGGCCAAGUAAAGGUGGUGAAAUGUUUACAUCCAACCGGCACAGUGCAGAGUUACACACAAUCUAUCAAUGUGGGUCAAAUGGUUAAAAAAAAAAUCAGAUGUUACAAUUGUCUUCUUCUCACGUUACUGUAAUCAUCUCCACAAAAGGUCAAUAAAUAACACACUCAUCUGUCACUUUGAGUAUAUUUUUUAUAAGAAGCUGCUUUGUUCUGCCACAAUUCCUAUUUGUUGAUUAUCUGUAUAUAUUUGUUACAUGUUAAUGAACUUCAGUGUUAUUAGUUAAAUGUCUAUAAAUUAAAAACGCAAAAGGUC